AUGUUUUAUUUAUGCAUUUUUCAACGUUUUUCUUGCAGUAUACGUGUUGUCGAAUCUAUCCCGGACAAUAUCACAUUCCCGAAUUCGUCUUUGCCUCUGUCAACCUUCUCUGCUUGGAAUCGCCUUAUUGAUUCAGCUCAAAGAGAAAUCUAUAUAGCUGCUUAUAAGUCCAGUUUACAAGGGAAACAUACAAAGGCGACAACGCUGACGGAAUUAUUCUACAAAACAGCGGUUUGUGAUUUUGUUACUUGCAAAUGUUGAAU